AUGGCGAAAUCAAAGAACUCCUCGCAGCACAACCAGUGGCGCAAAGCCCACCGCAACGGCAUCAAGAAGCCCAAGACCUCGAGGUACCCCUCACUGAAGGGCACUGAUCCCAAAUUUCGACGAAACCAUCGACAUGCGCUUCACGGCACUGCUAAGGCAUUGAAAGAGGCCAAGGAGGGUAAGAGGGAGGUGGUAUAA